AUGCCGGGUCACGGAUGGGAGCGUAUUCUCUGCGGAGGCAGGAAGGGGUGUGCCCGGUGCCCUGCUCUGGGCAAAGAGCCAGCAGCCCGCAGUGUUGCCCGUGGGAUUAAUGCUGUGUUCUGCUUUCUUUAUAGCCUUCCAUAUAAAGAGUUUUUUGGUGGUGUCAGUGGACUGACCGUGGAACAAUUUAGAAAGAUCAAUGGUUUUCCUAACGCCUUCUGGGGAUGGGGAGGAGAAGACGAUGACCUUUGGAAUAGAGUUCACUAUGCUGGAUUUAAUGUCACAAGACCAGAGGGAGACUUGGGAAAAUAUAAGUCUAUUCCUCAUCACCAUCGAGGUGAAGUCCAGUUUUUAGGACGUUUCAAAGUCAUACACACGUGGACAUCAAGUAUCAGGGGGUGCGGCACCCCGGGGAGCUUACACAGUGCCUUUCAGCCAGAGAAGGAAGGAAGGAUUAACUGGCCUGUUCACAGGAAAGGACCGGCAGUGUACACAGCUUUGCCGUGGCGGCAUGUCGGAUUCACAGUGGAGAUGGUCAUUUACGUCUUUGCCAAAACUAGGGCUUAAUGAAUAUUUUUUUAAAUCUAAAUUUAAUUUUCUAUUUGUAUUUUUGUGAAAAAUGUGUUCAAUAAGAAAACAUUUACAAUAUUAUUUAAAUAAAAAAUUAUUUAUUAAAAACUAGCUUAGACUCUUCUCCCAGCCAACACAUUGAUAGCCAUUUUAAAACAAAAAGGAAAAAUAUCCGAUACAAUCUUCUCCUCUUUAGGGUUCCCUACAAGUGAGAGCAGGUCUUGUGUCAUUUUUUGUGACCUUUGUUUGCAUCUGUUAUAUUUCUUUCUGUGCUUUUCAGCCAGAUACUGGUACUCUAAGAUAUAUGGCCUUGUGUGUGCAAGCGUGGCACUGACAGGACUAGAAUGGCCCCCCAGUGACGUUUGUCAGAACGAGGAAGGGCACCUAAUGUCACUGGACUCACUGAGACCGGAGAGGCUUCUACACAAAUGCACUGAAAAUAAAUGCUAGUGAUUUCUUGUAUUCUCUCUCUCUCUCUCUUUUUUUUUUUUGCUUCUCAUGGAAAUGUUUGUACUUUUUUAUCAUUAUCUUUUAUGAAAUAUAAUGUUCUGAAGA